AUGAUGGGCAUCCUCCUUCGAAUGUCUCACGAUCCAAAAGGGCAAGCAGAAAUGUGGACAUCUUGUCACAAAAUUUACAAGAAAAAUAGCGCUCAAUUGGAACAUAUCGAUAAAUUAAGAAAGACUUAUAAAGCAUGUGAAGCUAUUAAACACUAUACAGAAAAUUCAUUUCUUUCUCGGACUGUUAACCAAGUCUGUCGAACUGAAGAUUUUCAACAUAUAUUCAAAUUUCGCGUUUAUAUAACCGAUUUACAUAGACAGUUGGAUGUCUUUGGUAGACAACAAGAACAGAAUGGUAUAAAAUCAGAAAUAACGAAAGUAUAUUGUGGAAAGCCACUAUCAGACAGCGUUCUACAACAAUUAAUCGACAACAAAGGCGGUUUAAUCUCGAUGAAUGGAUUUCUUUCAACAACACUAGACUCCGAUAUGGUUGGCUUAUAUGCCGGAGACGAACAAAUUGCAGAAGGAUAUAGACGUGCUAAAUUUCAACUUCAAAUUAGUAAGAAAAUAAGACAACCAUAUGCUUACGUUGGGAAUUGCAGUGCAAAGAAGAAUGAAUUAGAAGUUUUAUUUUCCAUUGGUACAAUUUGGCGUAUUGAAUCUGUUAAAUAUGAUGAAGAUCCGUGUACUAUUGAACUGACAUCAUGUGACGAGUUGGAUUCACAACUGAUGGAGCUCCUGAAAAAAUAUACCGGUGAUGGAUGUACUCUAUUAUCAAUAACAAUUAAAUGUCCACUAUGCCAAUCUGAAUCAUCACGAACCGAGAUUAUUCGUGCCAAAAUAGAAGAUCAUUAUUUAACUGAACAGCAUCAACAUGCCAUAAUGAAAGUUGUUCGUCAAAUGUUAUUGCAAUUAAGCCAUAGGCAAAUAGAUAAUGAUCUUUCUCGAAUAACAACUGCAGAAACUAGUAAUCCAGGCACAGCGCAAUUACAGGGGCUUUAUGAAAUGCUCAACAUCUUGUCAGGUGGUAUUGAAACAUUGAACAAUGAUCAACAGCGUCUAAGCAAUGAAUCACUUCGAAUUCAAGUAGCAAUUCCAACAUUGACACAAGAAUUACCAAAACUUAAGUUAUCCAUUGAAGAAUCAAAUGCUUUUCUGGAAGGAGUGAAACAUAAUCAAGACAUUCUCAAUCAAGAUUUAGCAUCAGUGCACGAAAAAAUCAUUGAUUUGCUAUAUGUUUCAUAUGAUGGAAUUUUGGUAUGGAAAAUUACAAACUUUCAAGAGAAAAUAAGUAAGUUGAACAAUUACUCUUACACUCAAUCAUAAAAGCAAUAAAACAAUAAGAUGUUAUUUGGUUUCUAUAACAUCGACAAAUAAUACAUAUGAGAUGAUUGCAAGCCAUUUGUAUUAUUUGACUUCAACUUUUCUUAAAAAUUUCAUUUAUCAGUAGAACGCUUUCGUGUAUUGAGGUAGAUAGUGCUACUAGAGGGAUGAAGGAGAUCUGUAGUAGUCUGACUACUAUUAUUAAGAAUAGCUGAAAUUACGAAAAAUUGGUAAUUUAAACUUAUGUUUGAGAAUUAUCGAAUCAUUGUAAAUGUGCUAAAGGAACUGUGAACAGUUUAUUUUAGAGAAACGGAUCGAGGAUGGAUCUAAGCGGAAUCAUAAGCUAUUCCAUUUUAACAAGUAUUUACUUUUAGGGCGAUCUUUAUAGCAGAGUUUUGAAUUUUAAAAAUUUAAUUUUUUUUAAAAGCUGAAUUAUUCAGGCUGAAUCGUGUACUUUAAUACUUUGAUAUGAAUUGCACAUCUGGAAGCUAUAUUUCACUGCUUUAAACAAUAUCCGAUUCAUUAGAAUCCGUAAGGUAUGUAAACAAGGUUUUGAAUAGUUUAUCAAUGAUUAUAUAAUAUGUUAAUCUUUUAUUAAGUCUAUUUUUCAAAGAAUAUCUUAUGUUCAUGCAUGAAGGACGUAUUACAGCUUACUUUAACCUAAGUAAACUUACCUUUGCCGCUCGUAAAGGAUUUUACACGUCUAGUUAGAUGAGCCUUUCAAGCAAUUUUCGAUUGAUAUAAGAUACAUCUAGAUUUCUUUUUGUUUUGGUCGAAAAAAAACGAUUUUACUACCAAAAAACCCGCAGUUCCUUUGGGUCUAUCUUUUAGCUAUAAUUCAGUGAGAGUUCAUUGACGUUUUCAUUCGGAAAAAGACAUUUUACAGCAUAACGGACAUUUUUCACCAAAUCUGCGACCAUGAGUACAUCAGCUUAAUGUAUUGCUGUUGGACAUGUCCAUGUGAAAUUCAAGUGGAAAAACAACAAUAUUUUCAUGUCUUCGAACGAUAAAUAAUAGCUAGAAGGCCGAUUUUACCAGCCAAACUAGUCACGCCUAUGAAGGAUAUUUUCUGAAAAAUUGUUGAAUUCGAUUGAGAAUUCUACGUGAUACAACCUUAGUUUUUUUUUAUUCUAACAGCACAAAUGAUUUGCAAUCGUCUCAUAUGUGAUCGAAUAUCAUAUUGAACGUAAUAAUCAUAUAAUUACUCUUGAAUACAAUAUAUGACUAUAAUCUAUUGAUGCAUUGACGAAAUAAACUGUAAAUGAUGUCGAUCCUUUAAGUUUCUUUACAUUUCCUUCUGUUCUUGUUCAUAAAAUUAUUUUUUGCUUAAUUUCUAGUUGAUGCCCAGUCUGAAAGACAAACAUCUAUUUAUUCACCUCCAUUUUAUUCAUCUCCAAUUGGCUAUAAAAUGAGAGCUCGUCUUUAUUUAAAUGGUGAUGGAAAUGCUCGUCGUACACAUAUGUCACUCUUUUUUGUGCUUAUGCGAAGUGUAAACGAUCCAAUUCUCAAAUUUCCGUUCAACUAUAAAGUCACAUUUUGUUUGUACGAUCAAACGCCUGCACAGCGACAUAUUAUCGAUUCAUUUAGACCAGAUAUUAGAUCAAGUAGUUUUCAACGACCUCGAUCGGAUAUGAA